UCCCAUUUUAUAAACCCUUCUUUCAUUUCCAAUCCAAAGCAAGAAACCAAAACCCAAUUACAAUUUAUAAUCCAAAAAAUUAGAUAUAAUAAUCUUUCACAAACCCAAAUUAAGGAAAACAAGAAAACAAAGGAAAAAUGGAGUCUGUAAUUGCAGAGCUAGAAGGCACUUUGUUGAAGAGCUCUGAUGUAUUCUCCUACUUCAUGUUGAUGGCUUUCGAGGCCUCCGGUCUCAUCCGUUUUGCGUUAUUGCUCUUCUCGUGGCCACUCAUACGUCUUCUUGAGGCAGCGGGGAUGGAAGAGUUAGGGCUGAGAUUGGCAACGUUCGUGGCAGUGUUUGGUGUUCGAAAGGCAGAGAUCGAGUCGGUUUCGAGAGCAGUUUUACCGAAGUUUUUUAUGGAUGAUUUGAAUAUAAAUGUUUGGAAAGUGACAAGCGGGUUUAACAAACGAGUGGUGGUGACCAAGUUGCCAAGGGUUAUGGUAGAGAUGUUUGUAAAGGAGCAUUUACUUGCUGACGAGGUCAUUGGGUGCGAGCUCGGGUUUAAUCGAUUCGGGUUUGCGACGGGGCUUAUGGAGGGAGGAUUUGGUUCUGCUGUUGAUGAGAUUUGUGAGGUUUUUGACUUGGGUAAUGGUGGAAGACAGCCUACUAUGGGUUUAGGAAGACCUUCAUCAUGUUCUUCCAUUUUGGAUCUUUGUGAGGAACAGAUGCACUCACCAUUAACAAUCGCCCAAGUUCGUGACCACACUCCACGUCACCAAGAUCUCCGACCGUCACCGGUCAUUUUCCACGACGGUCGCCUCGUCAACCGCCCAACUCCGGCCACCGCCUUGCUAAUCAUCCUAUGGGUCCCACUCGGCAUAAUCCUCGCCAUCCUCCGAAUCACCAUCGGCAUAAUUCUACCAAUGUGGGCCAUCCCUUACGUCACUCGCCUUUUCGGCGGAAAAGUCAUCGUCAGAGGCCACCCCCCGCCGCCCCUCUCAGGCAACUCCACCUCUGGUGUACUCUUCGUCUGCACCCACCGCACCUUAAUGGAUCCCGUCGUCCUCGCCACCGUACUCCGCCGCAAAGUCCCCGCCGUCACCUACUCCAUCUCCCGCCUAACCGAAAUCCUUUCCCCAAUCCCCACCGUGCGAUUAACCCGAAUCCGACAUGUCGACGCGGAGAAGAUCAAAAGAGAGUUAUCCAAAGGAGACCUAGUCGUUUGCCCCGAGGGAACGACAUGUCGGGAACCGUUCCUCUUGAGAUUCAGCGCGCUAUUUGCGGAACUAACGGAUAGAAUUGUACCGGUGGCUAUGAAUUACCGAGUUGGGUUUUUCCAUGCAACUACGGCACGAGGAUGGAAGGGGUUGGACCCGGUUUUCUUCUUCAUGAACCCACGACCGGUGUAUGAGGUGACGUUCUUGAACCAGUUGCCGGUGGAGGCAACAUGCUCGGCCGGGAAAAACCCGCAUGAGGUGGCGAAUCACGUGCAGAGGAUGUUGGCGGCAAGUUUGGGAUUUGAAUGUACGAAUUUUACUAGAAAAGAUAAGUAUAGGGUUCUGGCGGGGAACGACGGAACGGUGUCGUAUGUUUCGUUGGUUGAUCAACUCAAGAAGGUGGUUGCCAAAUUAAAACCCUUUAUUCACCUUAUUUAGAUCAUAUCUAUUUGCUUUUCUUA